AUGACAUUUCUGUUCAGAUGGCUAGUGCUUUGCUUGAGCGUUACCCUACGACCGUUAUGGCCCACUUAUCCUCCAGCUCUAGGUGCAACUGCGUCUGAUGCUUCAACUAAGCCAAGUAUUACCAUAGGAUUCUUGAGUUCCUUCACCGGAUCACGAACUGGCAAACUCAUAGCCGGCGCCAUUCCUUUAGCUGUUGAAGAUGUGAAUCGAAAUCCUGAACUUUUGCCAAACCACACUCUUCAGUUCGUCGUGGGUGAGUCGGGAGAGCCAAACACGGCUGAUGCCAUCAGGGAAAUGACGAAUAUGCGUGAGAAAGGAGCGGUGGCGUUUAUCGGUCCAGACGAUAGCUGUGCUGCUGAAGCUCUUGUUGCUACUGCUUGGGAUUUUCCAAUGAUAUCAUAUAAAUGUUCGGAUAGGAAAGUGUCCGAUAAGAAGAUCUACACCACCUUCGCAAGGACAUUUCCACCGAGCUCAAAAGAAUCAAAGUCAGUGAUCUCUUUACUCAAGCACUUCAAGUGGACGAAAAUCAUCCUGGUGGUUUCGAAAAAGCCUUCAGAUAUACAGAUGGAAGAAGCUUUAAACGGUGUGGCUGCAGAACACGGCGUCAUCAUAACUGAGACGCACUACAUCCCGGGCGACUACCUAACAAAAAACAAUGAAACGAUCAAAGAAAUUAUCAAACAGACUUACAAGAAAACCAGAGUAUAUGUACUUUUGGCUGACACUAAUCCCCUGGUGGACUUUACAAGAUACAUGCAAGAACAAGGUUUACUAGAAAACGGGGAGUAUAUAAUUAUUUGUGUGGAUGAUGAGGUGUACGAUCCUACUAAAGAGCGACAGUACAUACAAAAAGAGUCCGAGAUAACCAACAGUGAUGUUUUGCCGUUUCGAGCAGUAUUAGUUGUCACUCAUCGUGCACCCAUCAACCCCGAGUACGAAGAUUUUAAACAAAAUGUCACAACCUUGUCAAUGCGCCCUCCUUUUAUAAUUCCUACUCAUCCUUAUCUCGUACUUCCGGUACCCCUGUAUGCUGGCUUGGCGUAUGACGCCGUUUUGAUCUACGCUAAAGCACUGACAGAAGCUCUAGCUAAUAACUCUGCUGAGAACAGAGGAACAGACAUUAUAAAUUAUAUACGAGGCCACGUGUAUCACAGCAUCCACGGGUUCAGUGUCAGGAUCGAUGAGAAUGGCGACGCAGAAGGAAACUUUGCUGUUCUAUCUCUACUUGAUAAUCCAAAUUCUUCAUGCGAGGAAACUAAGACAAUGCAACCAGUUGGCAGAUUCACCUAUCAGGAAGCGCAAGGACUUCCGCUGCUGCUUUUAGAGAGACAGAUUGAUUGGAUAGCCGGAGCACCACCUGCAGGAGAACCAAAGUGUGGUUUCAAUGGCGAACUAUGUGAACAAGAUUGGAAAAUGAUCCUUAUUGGGCUAGUGACAGCUGCUCUGGUUGUUAUUGCUGGAAUAUUCAGUAUUAGACAUUACAGAUACGAACAAAAGAUGGCGCGGAUGUUGUGGAAAGUGGAUAUUAAAGAUCUAAUCCUGCUCAGGACCAGCUCAGACCUCACUCUCCAAAACUCACGCAACCAGAUUAGUGUAAGACGACCUGAGUUGUCAGCCACUCUUCUUUCUUCUUUGGACUCCGGAGGAGAGAACUCCUUUUCCCAACGUCUAGAUUCUAGAGUUGGUUUCUACAAAGGCAACGUUGUCUUCAUCAAAUACAUAAUCAAACGUAGCGUCGAUCUUACACGGAGUCUCUGUAAGGAGCUUAUUAACAUUCGUGAAAUGAGACAUGAAAAUAUUAACCCAGUAAUUGGCGCAUGCGUAGACCCUCCAAACGUUUGUGUCUUAACUUUGUUCUGUGCAAGAGGCAGCCUGGAGGACGUUCUAAAGAACGAAGACCUCGACCUCGAUAACAUGUUCGUGGCUUCUCUAGUGGCAGACUUGAUUAAGGGUAUGAUUUAUCUUCACGAGUCUGACGUCGUUUCUCAUGGAAAGUUAAAAUCCUCAAACUGUCUCGUGGACAGUAGAUGGGUUCUUCAGAUAGCGGACUAUGGACUACAUGAGCUAAAACAAGGACAAGAAAUUCCCUUUGGCAAGGAUUUAAAAUACCAGAGAGGGUUACUAUGGAAAUCACCGGAGCUGCUCAGGAUGAUGAAUCCUCCACCCAGAGGAACCCAAAAAGGAGACGUGUACUCAUUCGCUAUCAUUCUUUACGAAAUUAUUAGUCGGAAGGGACCCUGGGGACCCGAAGCUCCGCCCGGCAAAUUUAUCAUCGAAAGGGUCACGAAUCCUCAUCAUUACGGCGGUCAUAUUUUCCGUCCUCCUAUCGACGAACUUAUAGGAUGCAAUGACUAUAUACUAAGGUGUAUGCAAGAAUGCUGGGACGAGGACCCAGAUGCAAGACCGGAUUUCCGGUUAAUAAACCAAAAAUUGAGAGACAUGCAGGCUGGACUUAAAAACAACAUUUUUGACAAUAUGAUUGCAAUUAUGGAGAAAUACGCCUAUAAUCUAGAGGGUCUUGUUCAAGAGAGAACCAACCAGCUGAUGGAAGAGAAAAAAAAGACCGAAAAUUUACUUCUCCGAAUGCUACCAAAGCCAGUAGCAGAGCAAUUAAAACGUGGAGAGCCAGUCGAAGCCGAGAGCUUUGACUGUGUCACAAUCUACUUCAGUGACAUAGUUGGAUUUACAGAACUCUCAGCUGUCAGUACACCAUUACAGGUGGUUGACCUGCUAAACGAUCUCUACACCUGUUUUGACUCUAUCAUCGGACACUAUGACGUGUACAAGGUCGAAACUAUUGGCGAUGCUUACAUGGUCGUCAGCGGGCUACCACUAAGGAAUGGAGACAAUCACGCUGGAGAAAUAGCUUCUAUGGCACUCCAUCUUUUAGGAGCGAUUCAAAACUUUGAGAUCAGGCAUAAACCAGGAGAAAGAUUGAAACUUAGGAUUGGAGUCCAUUCUGGUCCGUGUGUAGCAGGCGUAGUAGGACUCAAAAUGCCUCGAUAUUGUCUGUUCGGUGAUACAGUUAAUACAUCUUCCCGCAUGGAGUCCACAGGCAAAGCAUUGAAGAUUCACGUGAGUGAAGCGUGCAAAGAUAUUUUGGACAAACUAGGAGGUUAUGUCCUGCAAGAAAGAGGACUAAUACCUGUCAAGGGUAAAGGAGAAAUGCGAACUUACUGGCUCGUCAGAAAAGAGAGCGAUAUUGUCGUGUUUUCUUGUGACUCAAAAUCAGAAGAAACGCUAAAUGAUCUCACUGAGCUUCAUAUUCCUACAACGAGUAAUGACGUCAUCAAAGAUGGCAAUGAAAAUGCCAACCAGUGCCUGUCAGUACCCGUGGUAGCACACCAGAAAACUAUUACUCCCUUUCCGGACUUCAGCUGGUUAAUAAGCCAUGAAGUAGCGGAACAAGAAACUUCAAACAGUGGGAGACGCAAACGCGUUUCACAGAUUUCAAACUACAGCAGCUGUGGAAGUUUAUUUCAAGAUUGUAAGAAAAACAUUCUCCGAGAGCUUCGCAGCAACAGUCGCCCAACUACGAAAGGCUAUAGAUCAGCUCCUAUCAUAAGCUUCCGUGAUAGAACGUCGUGUCGUGAUUAUCUCUUAUAA